GUCCACCUAACCUGGGGUUCUGAGAGGCACAGCCCUAGCCCAAGGCAGGGGUGGCGCUGGCGGGCGGUGUCCCCGCCCGGGCCGCCAUUGCCGGGCCUGUGGGGCUGAGUUGCGGUACUUCUCUCGCCUCCCCUCGUGGAGCAGAGCGGGGCGCCCCGGCUGGCCUAACAGGGGUGCCCCCGACUGAGCUCGAAUCUCCCCACAGCCAGUGCACCUGCCGGCGGCCCCAACCCAGCGGGACAAGUGGACAUGAGGUUGGCAGGCCCCUUCCGAAUCGUGGCCCUGGUUGUCACUGUGGGCCUCACCUGGAUCGUGGCCAGCAUCCUCCUGGGUGGGCCUGGCAGUGGCUUUCCUCGCAUCCAGCAACUCUUCAUCAGCACAGAGAACUCAGUGACGGCAGAGCCACGGGCCAGGAAGUACAAGUGUGGCCUGCCCCAGCCAUGUCCUGAAGAGCACCUGGCUUUCCGCAUGGUCAGCGGCGCUGCCAAUGUCAUUGGACCUAAGAUCUGCCUUGAGGACAAGAUGCUCAUGAGCAGUGUCAAGGACAACGUGGGCCGUGGACUGAACAUUGCCCUGGUGAAUGGGGUCAGCGGUGAGCUCAUCGAGGCCCGGGCCUUCGACAUGUGGGCAGGAGAUGUCAACGAGCUGCUGAAGUUUAUCCGGCCACUGCAUGAAGGCACCCUGGUGUUCGUGGCAUCCUAUGACGACCCAGCCACCAAGAUGAAUGAAGAGACCAGGAAGCUUUUCAGUGAUCUGGGCAGCAAGAACAUCAAGGAACUGGCCUUCCGGGACAGCUGGGUGUUUGUGGGGGCCAAAGGGGUGCAGAACAAGAGCCCCUUUGAGCAGCAUGUGAAGAACAGUAAGCACACCAAUAAGUACGAAGGCUGGCCGGAGGCGCUAGAGAUGGAAGGCUGCAUCCCAAGGAAGACCACGGCCAGCUAGCCGGCCAAGCACGAGGACCAGGCUGAGGGAGGCUGUGUGUGCCUGGCCUUGGAGGCGGCGGCAGCGGCGGCAGCGGCGGCAGCACCGGCAGCACCAACACAGGGCUGAGGCCCGACGCCACACCCGGCCAGGGGUGCUCUCUUACCCCAACACAUCAGGGCUCCAAGGUGGUGACUAGUGACUGGAGUAUGACUGGUGGUGGGGGCUACAAGGGCCAGCCCAUCGUGCUUUGUCAGGGGAGCCCAGGUACCCAUCUUCUUUUCCUAAAGCCUCUGUCCCUGUUCAGCCCCCACACAAUUCCCAAGCACCUCCAGCCACAAGGCCCUGGGUGCUCACCGCCUCACUGCACAGCCGGUUGGUUGAGGCAUCUUCUAGAACCUCUUUAUCCCAGAGCUGCUCACUGCUCUGCAGCCUAGUCCUGUUUCCAGUGUGAUUCCUUCUGGUGAGCCACACCUGUGAAAGCUAUGGUGCCCCACCCCCACCCCAUGUCGGCCGAGGCAGGGGACCUGGCGGCCUCCUGUCCUGCUCUCUGCGGGAAGGGACCGCCUUGGAGCCUGGCCGGCCUGGGCAGUAAGGUAGCAAGCAUGAACAAGGUCCCUAGUGCAGUGCGUGGUGGUCCUGCAGUUUCUCAGAUGGCCCGCCUUCUAGAUGAACUCUUAAUAAACUGGUACCCUCAGUGGAA